GUCAACGCAAGAUUACAUGAAGAAAGGCAGGUGUCUUCAGGAGUGACGUGGCUUGAUCCAGCCCGCUAGAAAAUUUACUGACGGUCAAGAUCGACAGAAAUUCAGCGCGGUGGGGUUGUGGCCAACCAACCGUGUAAACUGGGAAUCUAGUGGUUCUCCAAAUGGGCGAAAAGAAACACAGAGUCGUGAUAAUCAUGCACUGAUCUGGAGAAUCUGUCCAACUGCCCUCCAGAUCCGAAGUCAAAGGGGAUCAUAGUUUGCCACCCCUACAAUAUUUACACAGCUGUGCUCCUACUUGAACAAUGGAGUGCCUGAUUAAUCAAUUAACUAAUUCUCGUGUAUCAUCAGCUCAGGUAGUAGUAGUAGUAGUAGUAUAGGAGGAGGAGAACCACAACAACCACCGCUGAUCUGAACACACAUAUAUAUAUAUCAAGACAGAGAGGACACAAUGCAUUGAGUUCUUUCAAGGAAGAGAAGGAUCCUUCUUCGUCUUCGUCUUCUCUUCUCGAGGUGGUUGAAGGUUCCCUGCUGAAUUCCUUGCUCUCCAUCAAACAAGGCCUCAACAUGUUCAUCAUAGAGGACAAAGGGGGCGCCAUUGCCAUCAUGUGCGCCUCCCUCUUUUUCCUGGGCACGUGGCCAGCGGUGCUCACCCUCUUGGAGCGCCGGGGACGGCUGCCGCAGCACACAUACCUCGACUACUCCAUAACGAACCUCCUUGCCGCCGUCCUCAUCGCGCUUACCUUCGGCCAGCUUGGGGAUGCAAAGCACAACAUGCCCAAUUUUUUCACUCAGCUCAGUCAGGACAACUGGCCUUCAGUGAUGUUUGCAAUGGCAGGGGGUGUUGUGCUCAGUGUUGGGAACCUCUCUACACAGUAUGCUUGGGCAUAUGUGGGUCUCUCAGUCACUGAGGUUAUCAGCUCAAGCAUGGUUGUUGUAAUAGGCACGACACUAAAUUACUUCCUGGACAACCGCAUCAACAGGGCAGAGAUUCUUUUCACUGGAGUGGCAUGCUUCCUUGUUGCAGUCAUCCUUGGCUCUGCUGUUCAUGCUUCCAAUGCGGCUGACAAUGAAAAGAAACUCAGUGAAUCCACAAAUACCUACAAACUUGGGACGGAUGGAGGUACGGAGAGAGGCAAACAAGUUAUAGACAAAGAUGCUCCGAAGGACAUGGAGAAUGGAGCUUCUGCAGAGUGUGACACCAAAGCCGAAGCUGGAACUGCAGAAUACCUAAUUGAGCUCGAAGAGCGCCGUUCAAUUAAGGUAUUUGGAUCAAGCACCUUUAUAGGGCUUGGGAUAGUUUUCUUUUCUGGCGUCUGCUUCUCUCUCUUCUCCCCGGCGAUCAACUUGGCUACCAAUGACCAGUGGCACACCCUGAAAGAUGGUGUCCCGCAUUUGGUGGUCUACACCGCCUUCUUCUACUUCUCCAUUUCGUGUUUUGUCGUCGGUAUCGGGUUGAACAUCUUGUUCCUCUACCGUCCAAUGGCGGGCGUGCCCAAGUCAUCCUUCAAGGCCUAUCUGAAUGACUGGGAAGGCAGGCAAUGGGCUCUUCUUGCCGGCUUCCUUUGCGGUUUCGGAAAUGGCUUCCAAUUCAUGGGUGGUCAGGCUGCUGGUUAUGCAGCUGCUGAUGCUGUUCAGGCAUUGCCACUUGUGAGCACAUUUUGGGGUAUCCUGCUAUUCGGGGAGUACCGAAAGUCGUCGAAGAAAACGUAUACUCUGCUCGUGUUCAUGCUGCUCAUGUUUAUCGCCGCUGUAGCAACACUCAUGGCUUCAGCAGGUCACAGGAGCACAAAGUGAUCUGCUGCCCCAUCCUUUCAUCAGUUAUUCUAGUUUGCAACUCUUCCUGACACAAGGCGAAGAAAUCCAGACAGGAAGACAAGGCACUUGAGCCCUUGACCAAGGAAGCAGGCCAUGCCAACACAAAGUGAAUUCCAUUCAUAAAGUUUUCGUUUGAAUGGAGCUGUACAUAACCACAAAAAUGGCAAAUGUUGAUGCAUUUUGAUUUCAAGUUAGUGCAGGAUAUUAUAUAUUAUAUAUAAAAGGAUGUGUUGUUCGUUCUAAAAGUCUAUAGCCAAUAGUACUAGGAAGCAGGACUCGCCAGAAUGCUACGAAAGAUCACUAUGAAAUUAUUAUGUUUGAUUUGGAUGCA